CACAAAAACCGUCUUGUCUCUCAGUUUCGUAGGAUUUGUUGUUGCUUGUCCUGGGGUCUCUUCGCUUGGGCGAGCUCGAGAUCGUCACCGCAUGGCGUUUGAAAUGGACGAGCAGAAGAAGAUUGGGCUCGGACUUAUAGGUUUUGGCAUCUUCUUUACCUUUCUCGGAGUGAUUCUUUUCUUUGACAGGGGCUUACUCGCUCUUGGGAAUAUCCUCUGGUUGGCCGGGGUUGCCCUGCUGCUCGGUUGGUAUUCUACAUGGAAACUUUUUUCAAACAAAGCAAACUACAAGGGCUCAGCAUCUUUCCUUCUGGGGCUCUUCUUUAUAUUUGUUUGUUGGCCAAUACUGGGAAUCAUCUUUGAACUAUAUGGCUGCAUUGUUCUCUUUGGUGGUUUUUGGCCGUCUGUGAAAGUGUUCCUUUUUCAGAUUCCAGUUGUCGGAUGGAUUAUUCAAUAUCCAGUUUUGCUUCUUGGUCGGUUGGGACGGGGCUCUGGCAGAUAACACCUGCUACAAGCUGAUUAUGGGGCGGCUUUCAUGAUGUCCUACUAACAAAAUGCAAAAUUCAUUUGUCCGAAUCUGAUGCUCGGCGACAAGAAAUGAAGUUUUGGGCAAUUCUGGUGCCUGGAGAUUAGUUAGCUUGCUGUAUUAACUGGGGCAAUGAUGGGAAAUGUAACAGCUCAGUAUUUUCUGUGCAUACCAUGAAUGUUAGCACUCAGCGCUUCCAUCGAGAGAGGUUUGUUCUCAUAGCUAGGAUUUUCGUGCUGGAUUAGUGAUUAGCCUGUAGAGGAGUGUUGAAGUGGAGUCGGGUCGCUAGAUAACUAAAUUUAUAACCAACAAUUCGGGUGUAUAUACUGUGUGUUAUGCUGCUCGGCGGUGUCGCAUGUCGGUACACAAUGUGGUGGAAAAUUUGUUAUGUGAUUGAGAGAAAUUCAAAGUUGUGGGUUUGGUUGAA